AACGUCCCAUAUUUGGCCGCAGCUUCCUGUGACAGCUCGACGCCCCACCAUGGUGUGCUUGUCAUGCGUGUGCCGCCGGGGCUUCGCGUUUGCCGCGCGGCUCCCAAAGAAAGACUGGACGAUCCGGUUGGCGGGUCUUUCAGUUAGACACUACAGCACGAAGACAGCACCUCAGCUACCGGGCAUGGAGUACCAGGAUGCAGUAUGCACUCUGAACACACUACAGACCAAUGCCAGCGCUCUGGAGGAGGUGCGACGAGAGAGGGGCCACCCUCAGCUGCAGCUCCAGGCCAUGAGGGGCUUCCUGGAACGAGCCGGGCUCACAGUGGAGGAUCUAGAUCAUCUCAAUAUCAUUCAUGUGACGGGAACAAAGGGCAAGGGCUCGACGUGUGCGUUCACUGAGCAGAUUUUGAGGAGUUAUGGCUUCCGCACGGGAUUUUACAGCUCCCCACAUUUGGUCCAAGUCAGAGAGAGGAUUCGAAUCAACGGACAGCCCAUUGGAAAGGAGCUCUUCACCAAAUACUUCUGGCAGGUUUACGGACGGCUGCAUGAAACUAAGGAUGCCCAUGGAGGGACAAUGCCGGCGUACUUUCGUUUCCUCACCAUCCUGGCCUUCCAUGUGUUUCUCCAGGAGAAGGUGGAUGUGGCUGUAAUUGAAGUUGGCAUUGGUGGAGCAUAUGACUGCACCAACAUUAUAAGGCGACCGUGGGUGUGUGGUGUCUCCUCUCUGGGUAUAGACCACACUCAGAUUCUUGGAGACACCAUCGAAAAGAUCGCCUGGCAGAAAGGAGGCAUCUUCAAGCCUGGGGUUCCUGCCUUCACAGUCAGACAGCCAGAAGAUGCGAUGGCUGUGCUCAGAGACCGAGCCAAAGAGAUAAGAUGUCCUCUGUGGGUGUGUCCAGAGCUGGAGGACUACCAGGCAGACUGUGAACCUUUGCGUCUGGGCCUGGCAGGGCAGCACCAGCGCCCUAACGCCUCUCUGGCCCUCCAGCUGAGUCAUACUUGGCUGCAGAGAAGAUGUUUACCAGAUAAAAGCUUUCCCUCAACCAGUGUGGAGAACACAGGUGUACCUGAGGGGACUUCCUUCAAGCCUAGCCCCAUCAUGGUGAAAGGGCUGGCAGAUACAGAGUGGCCUGGAAGGAAUCAGACUCUGAAACACGGAGCAAUCACCUACUUCUUGGAUGGAGCUCACACCGUGCGCAGUAUGCAGGCCUGUGUACACUGGUUCAGAGAUACUGCAGCCCAGCAUGAACGGAGUGCAAGUGGACCUGUGGCCAGAGUGUUGCUGUUCAAUGCCACAGGAGAGAGAGACUCUGCAGCCAUGCUUAAACUACUGGUGCCAUGUCACUUUGACUUCGCUGUGUUCUGCCCAAACAUCACUGAAGCCAUCGCUUCUUGUAAUGCAGACCAGCAGAACUUUAACGUUUCGGUGGAGAACAUGUUGACUCGCUGCUUGGACAACGAGAGGAGCUGGCGUCUCCACAACAGCUCGGGGGACAACACGGGUACACAGCUGCUCAUCGAGGGCAGCCUGCCCCUGGUCCCUGAAAAGAAAGCAGACACCCUGGUUUUCCCCUGCAUCCUCAGCGCCCUUCAGUGGAUCACUCAAGGCAGGGAUUCAGUGCUGGCGGACCCAGCCAAGACAGUCUUACCAGUUAAACCCAGCAUCAUGGCCAAAGCUGCUCCACUCUGCGACGCAGCCGAGAUCCACCUCCUCAUCACAGGAAGCCUCCACCUGGUGGGAGGAGUACUGAAACACCUUGACCCAGUCUCCAACAAGUGAAGGACCAUGGGAAAUUGAAAUGAGUUAAUUUUAAUAAUGGGUGGUGCUCUGCUUUACCUUUUUAAAUAAUUUCUGUCUAUAGAUGAGGCUUUUGUGAUACUUUUUGGACAAUGGUUUAAAGUGUUUACCUGAAUGGGAUUCGCUGCACACACAAGCUGCUGUUGUCUUGGUAGCUUCCCUACAGUACAGAGUCCGAUGCUAGGAGCUGCUAGCGUGGACCAAGGCAGCUCCAGGCCUCACAACAGCCUCAGUCUCACCCAGAGCCUUACAGAGGAGCGCACAGACGUGUGGAGCUCGUGUCUUUAAUCUUAACUUGAAGCCAAAUAUGUUUACAUGAACUGUAGAGGUUCGAUUCAUGUACACCACAGCAAUGUGACUGAACAGGAACUUCAGCGCUCGCUGACACCGCCUGGAUAAACCAGUAUAUUUAUACACAGGCUGCAUUAACAUGGGCUGCAUGGAGUUUUCUGUUUCUGUUAUUUUACUUCUAUAUUUGGAACAUCUGACUCUUCAGUUUCAGUCUUUUUAAAAUAGGAAUUGUUUUGUACGGUUUCUACUAUGAUUUUGUCAGAACUUGACAAAGUACGUCAUUCACACAGCCUCCUCAUCUCUUUGCUGUACACGUAGAAAUAUUCUAACCUCACUAAUGUUGGCAUCAGAUUAAUUCAUGUAUCUGUCAAUCAAAUUCUGUGUAAUGUCUUUGACACUUGAACUAAUAUUUAAAUUGUUCUUAAUUUACUGACUGUGGUACACAGUUAUUGUAUUGUCUAAUAAUGGUGAACUGUAUAAAAUACACUCGUCAUGUUGUCAUGGUGAUCCAUCCAGUGAAGUUCACGGGUUCAGCCAGGUCUGUUCACCUAAAAAAGAUUCUAUUUGAGUAGAAAACAAACUCCACUCGAAUGUUCACGUGGAUCCAUCAAGACACAAAAUGCACUUAAAUGGAACCUUUUCUGUUGUGAGUAGAUGAGGAUGAAAUCCACUCGCAUCAUAAUUAUGAGUCAAUUAAAAGAAAGAUAGAGAAA